AUGACGUCGCUACAUGAGAAGCUGGACAAGAUCAAGUCUCCCAAACUUCAGAACCAGCAUCAUACUGGAGUUGUCCUUUCUGCUGUCGAAGACACGCUGCGCGACCAGAAUGCUGAAUUCACUGCAACGGCGUACUUUGCUGCUCUGCUUGCCCUCCUCCCGCAGUCCAUCAACACCUCCCAGGGAAUCGUGAAUAAAGAGCUAGCGACCUCAGUCGUGUAUCUGCUCGAUACCGUCUCAGCUUUCGUUCCCGCGCCGCUACUGCGGUCCAAGUUUGCGCAGAUACUGGGCAGCCUGGUGCCGGCCCUGACGCUCGCAGAGGUCGAGGCGCCGCUGCUCAAGUCAUCUGUCGGAUGUCUGCAGAACCUACUGAUAGCACAGGAUGCUGCAGCGUGGGCACUGCCGGCGUCAGAGGUAGGCCCUCGUAGGGCGAUUGCAGGAAUGCUGGCGUUGGCCGUGGACCAUAGACCAAAAGUCCGGAAGAGAGUACAGGAUGCGUUGAUACAGAUUCUUAAACAGCCUCCUCCAAGCCCGUCAUUGGACCAUCCGGCGGCGGAUCUAUGCGCCGAAACAGCUCUGAGGACAUUAAAUGAUAGCGUCACAGCUACGUUGAAGGCACAGGGGAGGAAAGGGAAGCAGUUGCAUGACCAACAGCAGCAACAUCAUGAACCGGCGGUGUCGCAUGCCUUGCAGCUCGUCAAGGCCGUCGCAGCAGCAUCGGGAGGCUGGCCGAGCAGGAAGAUCGAACCCUUGUGCGAGCUGCUCAUGAACGUCGCCAGGUCGUCGAACGAAUAUCUUACUAUGGGCACAUUUGAAGUGUUCGAAGUGAUAUUUACAGGAAUGGCAGACGAGUUCUCUUCCUCGAAGCUGCCCCGUCUCCUGGACGCCAUCUCAGAGCUUAAACCUGCGCACAACGAUUCGCAGCUGCUCCCACCCUGGAUUGCAGUUCUAUCUCGAGGCUACGAUGUCUCUGCACAGGUAUCUGCGCAAGAAACGUUUGAGAAGCUGCCAGAGCUCUUCGACUUAUUCGCCAGCUUCCUUACCUCUCCAUCACGGAAUAUUCGCACUUCAGCUUCGGAGGGGAUGAUCUCGCUCCUUGUUGCCUGUGUCCCGGAAUCUGUCCUGCUGGAAGCAUCAGUGUACGAUGAGAAAAUCAUCGAGAAGCUCGCUAGGUCGGCCACCGGCUUACUUGCUGUCAAGUACCAGGUUGCACGUUCUGAAAUAUUCAACGUUCUCGAGGCCAUGUUCAACGCGCUUCAGUGGAAGAGCUCGCCUGUCAUGAACGAGGUGGUGCGGAUAGUAGGCGACUUGCGAGCCAACGAGAAUUUCCAGGGUAAAAAGGAGGCCGAAAAGGUCCUGGGUGCUGCUAUCAAUGUCAUGGGCCCCAAGGCCGUCCUCGAUAUUCUUCCACUCAAUAUCGUGAAGCAAAAGUCCGGUCAACCCGGCCGUGUCUGGCUUCUUCCCAUUCUACGAGACCACGUAGCAAACACCAGCCUGGCAUACUUCCGCUCCGAGUUUGUCCCGUUGAGUGAAGCGCUGUAUCAGCGGGUGAUGGACUACGGGGAAGCAGAAAAGACGGUUGAGGUUAAGAUAUUUGAGACUCUUGUGCAGCAGACUUGGGCCUGUCUACCUGGGUUCUGCGAACUGCCUCUGGACAUGAGAGAGGCCUUCGACCAGCCAUUCGCCGAGCUGCUGUCGAAUGUGCUGUACAAACAGGCAGAACUAAGGGUAGACGUAUGUAAGGCGCUGCAGAACCUGGUCGAGUCGAACCAAGCCAUUACCUCUGUCGAGUCUGAGACCGAAGACCUCAUCUUGCAACGACGAGUCACCAAGGAAGAGGCAAGGAAGAAUAUAGAGCACCUUGCCGGGUUUGCUGGGAAUAUGCUCGCAGUGCUCUUCAACGUCUACAGCCAGACGCUGCCGCAGUUCAGGGGCUACAUCUUACAAUGCAUCAACACCUAUCUAAGCAUUACAGGCGAACAGGAACUCAUUGACACCUUUUCCCGUGUGACAUCCAUGUUGGAGAGCGCUCUCGAGGAAGAAGCCAACAACAGCACUAAGCCCGGCAUGGCCCGUAAAGAUAAAAUGCCUCCGACGUCUCAUACGCUCAUGGACCUCAUUGUGACCAUGUCCAUCUACCUCCCUCGCAGCAGCUUUGCGACUCUCUUCUCGCUUGCCUCCGUUGUCCUCAACAAGUCAUCCUCAGACCCUCAGCUCAUCAAGAAGGCGUACAAACUUAUCCCCCGUCUCGCAGGCACAGAGGCAGGGCGCACAGCUCUAUCCGAACGUAACUCAGAACUGCAGGCGCUCAUCCUCUCGACGGCGGACAAGACGCCUGGCCCGGCUCACCGGGACCGUCUCUUAGCAAUUCACGAGAUCGUCACUUAUCUACCUACGCAAGACCUACAUUUCAUCCCUGGCAUCCUCUCCGAGGUCGUACUAGGAUGCAAGGAGAGCAACGAGAAGGCAAGGACAGCUGCAUUUGCCCUGCUUGUUCACACCUCCCAGCGAAUGGUAGACCCGGAGCGCAACCCACCUGGCACAAAGAUCCGCAACUCUCUCGUUGCACACAUGCCGGACGACGCACCAGACGCACCCGCCACAGUCGAGGAAUUGUUUACAAUGGUGUCUGCCGGCCUGGCUGGUAGCUCUCCACACAUGGUCGCUGCCAGUGUAACGGCCAUGUCACGUCUACUUUUCGAGUACCACUCCCAACUGCCGGCAUCCAUGCAGUCCGACCUGCUGCAGACAAUCGAGCUGUUCCUGACCAGUAACAACCGCGAGAUAGUCCGCUCUGUGCUCGGUUUCGUCAAGGUUGCGGUGGUAGCGCUGCCGGACGAGCUUCUCAAGCCCCGUCUUCCCUCCGCCGUGCCCAAGCUGAUGAUGUGGAGUAAGGAGCACAAGGGGCGACUGAGAAGUAAAGUCAAGGGCAUCCUGGACCGACUGAUACGCAAGUUCGGUGCAGCCUUUGUCGAGGGGCUGGUGGAGGAAUCAGACCGUAAGCUGGUGGUGUCGAUUCGCAAGGAGAGAGAGCGCCAGAAGCGCAAGAAGGAAGCCAAGCACGACGACGGAGACGAGGAGGAGACGCAGCAGCCCCGUAAGCAGACACAGGGACAAACCAAAUCGUUCACCAAUGAAUUCGACAAGGCCGUCUACGGCUCUGACUCGGACUUUUCAUCCGGCGACGACUCGGACGCAAGCGAGAUUGAAAUCGACAGUGCAGGCAACACAACCAAACGAUCCAUCGCCCACAAGGGCAAACGACGCACCACAUCAGCAGGAGGAGAUGACAGCGGAGAGCAGUAUAUCCGUGAACUGUCGCCGGAAUCCAACCCGCUCGACCUGCUUGCUCCGGACGCCCUGGCAAACAUCUCCAGCACUAAACCAUCCGUACGCUUCCUGGCCUCCAAACACAAACAGAGACACCGCCCACGUGUCGACGAAGACGGCAAGCUUCUUCUCGGCGACCACGGUCGGGGGGGUGGCGAUGCGAUGGAUACCACUACUGCAGAGGGCGAGGCGUCAGGCGUCAACGCCUACGUCACCGCGGUGAGCGGCCCAGAUGCGUUGAGAAAAGGCCAAAAGGGACGACUGAAGGCCAGCCAGGGGAAGAGAGGCGAGGAUGAGAUGGAUGUUGAUUCCGGUGAUGAUGAGAAGGGCAACCAGGCGCGUGGACAGGCGGUUCCGGGCAAGGGGAAGAGAGAAGACUUUGCGGCUAAGACGGGUCGACGGGGGUUGGGUAUGGGUAAGCAGCGAGCCAGUCCUGGUGGGAGUGGGAGGAUCGAGAAGCGUAGAAGGGAUUCUAGGGGUGGCAGCGGUGGCGGUAAGGGGAGAGGAAGGGUUGGAAAGUGA